GACGUGGGGGAGGACGGGCCUCGUCUCAGCGCGUCCCCGUCCUCCCCCCGCAGAUCUGGCGUCACAUGCUGGGCCUGGGCCUGACCCCCGGCCCCCACAGCUACAACCUGCUGCUGAUGGCGGCCCGCGACUGCGGCGGCGGCGACGGCGGGACGCGAACCCGCGGCCCCGAGGCGGGGGACGGGAGCCCCGACGCGCCCAGCCCCGCCGCCGCCGGGCUCCUGGCGCCGCUGGGGGGCCCCGCGGGGGUCCUGGACGGCCUGUCCCGCUGGGGGCCGCCGCGCCGCGACACGCGGACGCUGCUGGCCGAGCUGUGCGAGCCCGGGUUCGAACCCGCGCUGCUGCGCCUGCCCGACGGCCCCGACGGGGGGCCCGACCUCGCCUUCUUCAACGCGCUGGUCCGCAAGAGGAGCCGCCGCGGGGACCUGCAGGGCGCCAAGGCGCUGCUGCCCCUCCUGGCCAAGAAGGGCCUGACCCCCGACCUGCGCACCUUCUGCGGCCUGGCCUUGGGCUGUCGGAGGGCCCGGGACGGCCUGCAGCUGCUGGCGGACCUGAAGAGGGCCGGGCUGACCCCCAACGCCCACGUCUACAGCGCGCUCAUCCACGCGGCCCUGCGCGCGCUGGACUACGCCUACCUCAUCCGGGUCCUCCGGGACAUGCGGCGCGCGGGGGUCCCCGCCAACGAGGUGGUGCUGCGGCAGCUCGAGUUCGCGGCCCGCUACCCGCCCUCCUUCGACCGGUACAGGGAGAAGAACAGGUACCUGGAGAGGAUCGACGGCUUCCGCGCCUACUACAAGCAGUGGCUGCGGGCGGUGCCCGCCGAGGAGACCGAGGGGCCCGGGCACCGCGGGCACCGUGGGCACCGCGGGGACGGCGACGCGGAGGGGGGAGGAGGGCGCGCGGCCGGGGGACGCCCGGGCCGCGGCGGGCCCUGCGGGACGGCGCCCCUAGACGGCUUCGUGCCCGCCUGAUGCCCACCCUGCGCCCUCUGCCCAUCCUCCCUCUGCCCACCCUGCGCCCUCUGCCCGCCCUGUGCCCUCUGCCCACCCUGUGCCUU